AUGGAUAUCACCGGUUCUUCCGCUCCACGACGACGAGCGCGUGAGCGCUGGGUAUGCUCCGUUGGGCGCCCUCGACGCGAUGAGGUGCCCUGUUUCCUUCAGCACGGGCUCUUCUCGUCACUGGUGCGACGCCAGCUUCCACUCGGUAUCCCACCAGAAGCCAGUGCCGCGACCGCGGAACUUGGAGGAAGGUUGAGAUUGCUGGCGCUGGGGAUGGCAGAGUACUCUGCGGGGUGGUGUGGUGUAGUGGAGAAAGCCUGUGGACCAUGA